UUCAAUUCGCGAAAGAAGUUAUUUUGGCAGCUGGACGCACCUAACGCACUUUGGCGGUGGUGAAACUUAGAAAAUUGUUACUUGAGCGCUGAUGCUACUGCAAAGUUAAAUCUGUGAACAUUUGCAGUGUUCUUUGGGAUAAAUAUACCUUUUUCCGGAAUCCAGGUACAAAAUCCAGUAGAUAAGUUUUCUUUGCGCAUGCGCUGGUACAGAUGUUGUGAGACAGAAAACAUUCUCUUUUCAAAUGAAGAAUGGAACGUCGUAAUGAGCAUUAGUCUGCACAUCGAAUGGUUUUAUUGCUAUUCAUGGAGGAGAAGCUGCAGUAUAAAAAAAAUCAUGUUGACGAAGGAAACCCUACAGUUUGGACGAUUUUUAAAACGAUUUUUUCAAUUUGAAUAAAAAAAAUUUUGAUCAUCAUUAUCAAGAAAGAUCUGCUCGAUUUAAAUGAGAGAAGGAAAAAAUAUUAUUAUGCUCAGAAGGAAUUUCUAACUUCGUCGCUUCAGAACGUACGUGAAAUUUAAUUAAUUUCUACCUGAAGAUACAUCGCAAUUCUUUUUAGUUAUCACCAAAGCCAUGGAAAAAGUAGAAAGAAUAAUAAUAAGUUCCAUCAGAGAUCUCAUCAUUUUUGACGAUGUUUGAGAUCAAGAUAGAAAUUAACUGAAUUAGAGGCUAUGAAGUGUUCAUUUUUAAUUUUUCAGCGCAAACAUAUUCUUCUGAAGUAUUUAUUUUACUUUUCUUAAAAAAUUAAAACAGGCAUUCAUUUAUAAUUGCUUCUAAAAGCAUAGUAAUGAAAGGAUUAGUCUUCGAUAAGCUUACAUUUUUCAUAUAGGGAAUGUUAAUAUGCUCGAAGCAUAGUGCAAAGCAAUUCAUUGUCAGCUUUAUUGCAUUUGUGACCAUUUAGAAAAAAAAUAUAUUACUUUUGAAAAAUACUUCUAUAGGCAUUAGAAAAGCACUUAUUAUACCCCAAAACGCUAUGAAUCCGUCCUCAAAGGCGUCAAAACAAAACUAUUUCUGAGCUUUAUACUGUAAUCAGCGCCCAAAGAUCUCAAGUGUCUUCGCUUUCUGUAUUCGAAAAAAAAAAUGACCUGACAUUUUAACCCUAGUCUAGGACAAUUUCAAACAAAUACUAUUUUAACAAAGGUUUUUCAUUACACACGAUUUCUUUAAAGAGUAAAUUAGCCUUAAAAAAGUUUUAGUUUUUCAAAUUACAUAUUAAUAAAAAAUAUAUAUCAGUGCAUUCUCAUCUUGAUGAAGUGCUGUUGUGUCUACAUAUCGAAACGUCCUACUUAAUUUUUAAUACCUUGUCCAUACUGAAUAGAAUCAUUUGCAAAAUGUAAGAAUAAGGAAAGUAAGAAUAAUAGAAUUCACUAAUGCUGGAAAUAUAAAGUAUUGAGCAGAAAUUAUUAUUAGGAAGACGAGUAAUAAUAUAGAAAUAAAUUAUCAACCAAACUGUGAGCACAAAGUGUAGUUCUGAAACUUAUUUUACAUUCAGAAGGCACCAAAUAUAGAAUUAAGAAGUAUUUUUAAAGUAUACCCAUUUAUAGAGAAGCAUGGUCAAUAAUCACAUAGCGAAUGUAGAUGGUAUAAAGUAUCAGAAAAUAUAUUGAUUUAGAGAUUAAAACCACUAUUCUGUUGAAAUCAGAUUACAAAAAGAAGCUUAAAAAAUGUACGCUAAAUUGUCUUUACUUUAAAAUAAUCAAUCGUAUGAUCUAUUCUUAUGAAAAAGUCCAUCUUCUUAGAAGGUAUGCGGUUCAAUAAUCGCAUAACUGAAUCAGUACUUCUCGUAUGAACAGACUGUAGAUUAUUGUGUUGAGCCAAGUUCUCUGACGUUAGGCAGUUUCCAGAUUUCAAUUGUGUUAAAAAUGUAAAGUUUCACUGGAGAAUAUCAAAAAUCUUAAGAAAUGAAAUAAAAGGUUGUUGGAAAAAAGUAUAACAUUUCUCAAUGGUUCAAAAAUUUCCCAAAUUAGCAAAAAAAAAUGAAUAGAAAGUUUUAUUGGAAGAAUGGUCAAUGGAGUUGAUGCCAUGUUUAGCUUAUAUUAGUCAUGUCAGUACAGCAUGAUAAAACUUGGCAAACGCAACAAAUAUUGCUUCAUCAUUCAACUGAGUGCUGGUACAAGUUUAUCCACAAAAGACCUCUAAUAGUUCAAGAAACUGUUUUUUACUGAAUAUUAUUCAUAAAAAAAAGUUCUUAGUCAAGCCCAAUAAACUUUGAUCAGAUAGCAAAGAUUCACUAAUAUGGACUUCUAAUUAUUUCAGAAAUUGCAUUUCAUACCAAUUCCAGAUUUCAAAAGUGCAGUUAUAUCGAAUAAAAUAACUUCUAAUCUCAACCAGUAAAGUGACUUGAACUGCGAUUGAAUUGUAAUUGUGCCGUAUAUUAAACUUGGUAUUACUUGCCUCUUGCACCAUAAAGAACAGAAAUAGUUAAAACUGUAGAUGAUUUGAUUUUUACUGGGAACAACUGUUGAUAGUUACAAUAAACUGUGCUUACAGAUACAAUUAAGGUAGAAUAGGCUCUUACCCCUAUAUUGUUGAUUUACAGGCAAUUUUUCUUAAAAUUUUACUUCCUUGCUGUAAAUAAAUUCUGGAAACAUAAUCGCUUGGAUGAAAUAGAUCAUUACAAGGAACUACCGUUUUCAUAGUAAUUAAUUGACUGCCAUGAUCAAGUGUAAGCACAGGUAAACUUUGUUUGCACAAUUUAUUAAAUACCAGUUCAAAAUAUUUUAGGUCUUUCGCCGUCAAACAACCUAAUAAGAAGCUCCACUAGACAGAAAAAAAAAAUGGAUGGAUCAGUUUGAAUCCUCCGCAGGAAGGUUGUGGAUAUUCUCUUAAGGGACCAUGUACCAGCCGAGUCGGACAGUCAUCGAUUGUGACAAUCGCGUGGUUUUGAACAUCGGUGGGAUCCGCUUCGAGACUUACAAGGCCACCCUCAAGAAGAUUCCUGCUACGCGACUGUCACGGCUGACUGAAGCCCUUGCCAACUACGAUCCCGUUCUCAACGAAUACUUUUUCGACCGCCACCCGGGUGUGUUCGCACAGAUUCUCAAUUACUAUAGAACCGGGAAGCUCCACUAUCCGACCAACGUGUGCGGACCGCUUUUCGAAGAGGAGCUCGAAUUCUGGGGAUUGGAUGCAAAUCAGGUGGAGCCUUGUUGCUGGAUGACUUACACAGUUCAUCGAGAUACACAGUCCACGUUGGCCAUAUUAGAUAAUUUAGAUUUGGAUGCCGAGAAACCGAGUGACGAAGAACUGGCUAGGAAGUUUGGUGUGGAGGAACAGUAUCUCGCCGGAAAAAUGACCUGUUGGCAAAGGAUAAAGCCUAGAAUAUGGCUGUUGUUUGACGAACCGGCCUCUUCAAUUGCGGCAAAAGUGGUGGCCGUAGUAUCUGUGUUCUUCAUCUGCGUAUCAAUCGUCACUUUUUGCCUGAAGACUCACCCUAACAUGCGCGUCCCGGUCAUCGUAAAUCGGACGAUUCACCAACCGCCCAACGGGACUGCCCUCUGGACACUGGACAAGACAAAGACGGAGGCACACGAAGCCUUUUUCUACGUCGAAAGCGUCUGCAAUGCCUGGUUCUCGUUCGAAAUUGCCUCUCGCUUCCUGGUGAGCCCUAAGAAGAUGGAAUUCAUGACCGCCCCCAUCAACAUCAUAGACUUCAUCGCCACCAUGUCCUUCUACUCGGACAUGCUGCUACAGAGACUCGCCUCAGAUCUCGAAAAGGCGGAUAUCCUCGAUUUUUUCAGCAUCAUCAGGAUUUUCAGGUUAUUCAAGUUGACUCGCCACUCUAGAGGAUUGAAGAUCCUCAUUCAUACCUUCAAGGCGAGCGCAAAGGAGCUUUUCCUGCUCGUUUUCUUCCUCGUCCUGGGAAUCGUCAUCUUCGCCUCCCUCGUCUACUACGCUGAGCGUCUGCAGGCGAACCCCAGCAAUGAUUUUACCAGCAUCCCGGAGGGGCUGUGGUGGGCCAUAGUCACCAUGACGACAGUGGGCUACGGGGACAUGGUGCCCAGGACGUACGUGGGCAUGCUGGUCGGUGCCCUCUGCGCCCUAGCAGGGGUGUUAACCAUCGCUCUCCCCGUGCCCGUUAUCGUGUCCAAUUUCACCAUGUUCUACUCUCACACGCAGGCCCGAGAGAAACUGCCUAAGCAGCGUAGAAGGGUGCUGCCGGUGGAGCAAGUGAGGGUGAGGCCCCUUAGGCCUCCCGGGGUGCAAAGUGGGGGUCUGCAGCACAGGAGGAUGAAUGCGAUCAAGCACCACCAUCCAGCGGCUCUUAAGGAUUACAGCAAUAAGACAGGUGCCAAUACGAAUGGUAUGAACCAGCUUCCCGGAAUCUCUCGUCUCGGCGGAAGUUCGAACCCUGGUGCUUUCGGCGUGGCUGGUGCGGUCAUGUCCGGCCUCCCGUCGCUCGCCUCAGCCGCCAAUCCUAGCCUGUGCCUGCCUGGUGCCUCUCCGACCAGCCUGUCCAGGGCAUCCUCUUCGGAGGCCGCGCCCCAGUCCAGCUGCGAUGAACCCCUUCCCCGGGUUCGAUUCUCGUCUGCAGCCGAUCUUCUCCAACCGCCCCCCUGCUCUUCCAAGCCGCCCAGCCGACGAUCCUCCACCCUCUCACCCGCCAUCCACGUUACCACCCCCGUGGACGGAGUGCUUACCUCACUCUAGACGCGCGUAUCCAAUGCCAUGUCGCCAUAGAGAUGAGUUUCGGGUUCCUCUCAUAAAUUGCCGCCGAGGGGAGAAGCGACUCAUUUAUUCGACUGGUCAAUGAGCUUGUUAGCAUCAAAUUGUAGUUCUGGUUUAUUUUUACUCGUUCUGUGGCUCAUUUUGUAUCUGCUUGAAACUAAGGAAAAACGAUACAUUGAGAAUUUCCUUGAACUCUUCUAUUUAAGCAACAUAACGUGCACUAAACAAGUUGUUGAUAACUUCGUUAGUUUUAUAAAAUGGGCAUUCAAAAAUAUGAUAGAGCCUUCCAAUUCAGAAAAAUCAAUAACAUUUGAAAUUCUUAAUCAUACGUAAAGCUUCUUAACCGCUUGUUUUAUUUUAAGUGUAGUUAUAGCUGUUCAUAUAUUCAGAAAUAAUCUGUAUAGCAAAAAUAUUUUCCUGCUUUUGUUUUUAAAAGAGUCUAAAAAAUUAGCCCAAAGCUUCUUAUAUUCAUUGUAAAAUUUAAAAAAAAUGUUUGACUUUAGUUUCUUAAAUAAGCAGUUUCCAUUUCAUUUUGAUGCACUCCAUUCCCAGUGAACGCUGGAAUGACGAUUAUAAAAUGUAGUUAUCUACACAUUACUUUCUCCGGUGAACGACUAUUUUUUAUCUAAAUAAUUAAUUUACUAUAAUAAAAACAAAAUAUUACAUUAAUACAUAGUAAAUUGAAAGUCGUGAGACUGUUAAAACGAAACAAUUGAAUAUACAGCAAAUGAAAGCAAUUUAGAAGAAGGAGAAAAUUUUUCUCGAAUAGGGAUAAAACAAUUGGAGAAGAGCCAAUGUUUGAAUAUCACAGCAAUUCCGGAUACGCUUCUAUCACUUUUGCUGUUUCUCAUGAAUCACUUCGAUUACUUAUGUGCAACCGAUCUCUUGAGCUAGUCCGAACUCCAACGAGAAAUAUCUUACCACUGAGAUGAAGUUUCAAAUGAGACCUCCGGAACCCAAUUCCGGUAAUAAGAUGUGAUUAAAAAUGACUUUUGACUUUAAUAUUAAAUAAUAAAUAAAGUUUCAAUAACGAAAAACGAACAGCAGUUACGAAAUAAGAAUAAAUUAAUUUUUGGAAUAAUUACAUGGUGGUUCUGCAGCUCUGCACUUUAAAAGGGAAAAAUGCUAGUAUCACUUUCAGCUUUAAUUAGAAACGCAUUUAAUUUCACAUUGCAAUCACUUUUUAAAGGCAUUCAGAUUCUUAUCUCAAAUUUUCUAAAAACGUUCAUUUUUAAAAAACAAUUCUGCAUAAUGUUGUAACUAUAUCCCAUAAGGCUAUUAUGUAUCAGUCAUCACAUUUUGGACAUUUAAUAAAAUUUGAAAUAUUUGACAUUUGAAACGUUGAAACAUUUGUAAGUUUUUUUUCGGUGGCUUUUUCUCUUCGUUUCACCGUUCGGUAGAGAGAUGAAUUUACUUAUACGAAUAAUGAUGAGAAAAACACUUUAAAGUCAUAUUGUUUUGAUUUCUAAUCAGCCUCACGAAAUGACUCGUUUUAGUUGGCAGAUAUAAUCUUCAAUAGACAUUUGAAUUGUUUAAUGGCAUUCUUCCACAUAAUUCAAGAGUAAUUCUGAACACUUCAACACACUUUCACAACUAAAUUUUUGGUCUUACUUAUAAGGACUUAUUUUAUUAGACUAAAUUUGUACAGCUAUUUUAUAAAACUAAAACUCUGUUUAUUUGAAAUAAUGUCAAGUAAAAAUAAAAAAACAAAAUUAUUGAAACGUAUUAUUAUUUAAUAUAUUUAAGUGGCUUGUCGCAACUGAUGGAAAAUGACAAAAAGAUAAAUAUGAUCUUUAAAUGCUUUAUUCUAAAACAAAUUUAAAAGUGGAACAAUGCCGAUUAUCGGCAUUAAAGUUUAUGUGGCAUCAAAAAUUAGAUAAUGAAUUUUAAUAUUUAUUCUUUUUCAGUCGAGAGCCAAUGAAAAACUAUACUGAUUGCGUAGACUACAUUUAAUUAAUCACGUGAUUUUGUGAAUACACGUCGAUGAUCAGAAAUUUUUUGCUUAAAGUAAAAAACAAUAUAUAAAUAUGCAAUCAUUUCUUAACUAUACCGAAACAACUUCCCAGAAUAUGUUUCAUAAUAUAAUAAGUUGCAUUUUUAAAGACGCCAAAUGAAAUAUUUUAAAUUUUAAUCAUUUCAAAGUGCACAAAAAUGUUUUUUUGCUGUAAGAUUUUAAGCAUGCUACUC